GCGGCGGAGGGCGUGCACCGCAGGGAGUGCCCGGAGCCCGGACGCCGGAGGCUGCGCGGGACCCCGGAGCCCGGACCCGCGGCUAGCGGGUGGGCGGCUGCGCCCUGGGCGGCACUGCCAGCCUCCUUGCUUCUCCUGACUGCUCCCUGCUCCCUGGAGCGGCCCAUGAUGAACACCAUGGCGAAUGUGGAGGCCCUUCCGGAAUAUGAGAAGAGCCAGAUCAAGAGAGCUCUGGAGCUGGGCACUGUGAUGACCGUGUUCAGCUUCCGCAAGUCCACACCAGAGCGGAGGACUGUCCAGGUGAUCAUGGAGACCCGCCAAGUGGCCUGGAGCAAGACGGCUGACAAAAUUGAGGGCUUCUUGGACAUCAUGGAAAUCAAGGAAAUCCGCCCAGGAAAGAACUCGAAGGAUUUUGAGCGUGCCAAAGCAGUGCGCCAGAAGGAAGACUGCUGCUUUACCGUCUUGUACGGCACUCAGUUUGUCCUCAACACCCUCAGCUUGGCAGCCGACUCCAAAGAGGAUGCGACCAAGUGGCUUUCAGGCCUGAAGAUCUUGCACCAAGAGGCAAUGCGUGCGUCCACGCCCACCAUCAUUGAGAGCUGGCUGAGGAAGCAGAUUUAUUCCGUGGAUCAAACCAGGAGAAACAGCGUCAGCCUCCGGGAGCUGAAAGCCAUCCUCCCGCUGGUCAACUUCAAAGUGAGCAGUGCCAAAUUCCUCAAAGACAAGUUUGUGGAAAUAGGCACGCACAAAGAUGAGCUCAGCUUCGAGCAGUUCCAUCUCUUCUAUAAAAAGCUGAUGUUUGAGCAGCAGAAAUCGAUCCUUGAUGAGUUCAAGAAGGAUUCCUCCGUGUUCAUCCUGGGGAACACAGACCGGCCUGAUGCCUCUGCGGUCCACCUGCACGACUUCCAGCGCUUUCUCUUGCAUGAGCAGCAGGAGCUCUGGGCCCAAGACCUAAACAAGGUGCGCGAGCGGAUGACCAAGUUCAUUGACGAUACGAUGAGGGAGACGGCCGAGCCCUUCUUGUUUGUGGAUGAGUUCCUCACGUACCUGUUCUCGCGAGAAAACAGCAUCUGGGAUGAGAAGUACGACGUGGUGGACAUGCAGGAUAUGAACAACCCCUUGUCUCACUACUGGAUCUCCUCGUCCCACAACACGUACCUCACUGGGGACCAGCUGCGAAGCGAGUCAUCCACAGAAGCCUACAUCCGCUGCCUGCGCAUGGGCUGCCGUUGCAUCGAAUUGGACUGUUGGGACGGACCCGACGGAAAACCCAUCAUCUACCAUGGCUGGACGCGGACCACCAAGAUCAAGUUCGACGACGUCGUGCAGGCCAUCAAAGACCACGCGUUUGUCACGUCCAGCUUCCCGGUGAUCCUGUCCAUCGAGGAGCACUGCAGUGUGGAGCAGCAGCGCCACAUGGCCAAGGUGUUCAAGGAGGUGCUGGGCAACCUGCUGCUCACCAAGCCUACGGAGGCCAGCGCUGACCAGCUGCCCUCGCCCAACCAGCUGCGGGACAAGAUCAUCAUCAAGCAUAAGAAGCUGGGCCCCCGGGGUGACGUGGACGUCAACAUGGAGGACAAGAAGGACGAGCACAAGCAGCAGGGUGAACUGUACAUGUGGGACUCCAUUGACCAGAAGUGGACCCGCCACUACUGUGCCAUCGCCGACGCCAAGCUGUCCUUCAGUGAUGACAUUGAGCAGGCUGUGGAGGAAGAGCCGCCCCAGGAUACGCCCCUCACGGAGCUGCAUUUUGGGGAGAAAUGGUUUCACAAGAAGGUGGAGAAGAGGAUGAGUGCCGAGAAGCUGCUGCAGGAGUACUGCGCCGAGACGGGAGGCAAGGACGGCACGUUCCUGGUGCGCGAGAGCGAGACCUACCCCGACAAGUACACGCUGUCCUUCUGGCGAUCCGGCCGCGUGCAACACUGCCUGAUCCGCUCCACCGUGGAGGGCGGCACUAAGAAGUACUAUCUGACUGACAACCUCAAGUUCACCAGCGUCUACGCGCUCAUCCAGCACUACCGUGAAGCACACCUGCGCUGUGCCGAGUUCGAGCUGCAGCUCACCGACCCCGUGCCCAACCCUAACCCGCACGAGUCAAAGCCGUGGUUCUAUGGUGCGCUGAGCCGCGGGGAAGCCGAGGACAUGCUCAUGAGGAUCCCGCGGGACGGCGCCUUCCUGAUCCGCCGGCGGGAAGGCAGCGACUCCUACGCCAUCACCUUCAGGGCCAGGGGCAAAGUGAAGCAUUGUCGCAUCAACCGCGAUGGCCGACACUUCGUGCUGGGGACCUCUGCCUACUUCGAGAGCCUCGUGGAGCUCGUCAGCUACUACGAAAAGCACACGCUGUACCGCAAGAUGAGGCUGCGCUACCCCGUGACCCCCGAGCUGCUGGAACGCUACAACAUGGAAAGAGACAUCAACUCCCUUUAUGAUGUCAGCAGGAUGUACGUGGAUCCGAGUGAGAUCAACCCCUCCAUGCCGCAGAGAACCGUGAAGGCUCUGUACGACUACAAAGCCAAGCAGAGUGACGAGCUGAGCUUCUGCCGCGGUGCCCUCAUCCACAAUGUCUCCAAGGAGCCUGGGGGCUGGUGGAAAGGGGACUACGGGACGCGGAUCCAGCAGUACUUCCCGUCCAACUAUGUGGAGGACAUCUCCACAUUCGAUGUGGAGGAGAUGGAAAAGCAGAUUAUUGAAGACAAUCCCUUAGGCGCGCUCUGCAGAGGAAUCCUGGACCUCAAUACCUAUAACAUUGUGAAAAUCCCACAGGGCAAAAACCAGAAGCAGUUUGUGUUUGUCCUGGAGCCCAAAAAGCAGGGUGACCCCCCGGUGGAGUUCGCCACAGACAGGGUGGAGGAGCUCUUCGAGUGGUUUCAGAGCAUUCGGGAGAUCACCUGGAAGAUAGACACCAAGGAGAACAACAUGAGGUACUGGGAGAAGAACCAGUCCAUUGCCAUCGAGCUGUCCGACUUGGUCGUCUAUUGCAAGCCGACCAGCAAGACCAAGGACAACCUAGAAAACCCUGAUUUCCGGGAAAUCCGCUCCUUCGUCGAGACGAAGGCUGACAGCAUCGUGCGGCAGAAGCCCAUCGACCUUCUGCGGUACAACCAGAAGGGUCUGACCCGCGUCUACCCCAAGGGCCAGCGGGUUGACUCCUCCAACUAUGACCCCUUCCGCCUGUGGCUCUGCGGCUCCCAGAUGGUGGCGCUCAACUUCCAGACUGCAGACAAGUACAUGCAGAUGAAUCAUGCCUUGUUUUCACUCAAUGGGCGGACAGGCUAUGUCCUACAGCCUGAGAGCAUGCGGACUGAGAAGUACGACCCAAUGCCCCCUGAGUCGCAGAGGAAGAUCCUGAUGACGGUCACUGUCAAGGUCCUGGGUGCCCGCCAUCUCCCCAAGCUGUGCCGUAGCAUCGCCUGUCCCUUCGUGGAGGUGGAAAUCUGUGGAGCCGAAUGUGACAACAACAAGUUUAAGACUACAGUCGUAAAUGAUAAUGGCCUCAACCCAGUCUGGGCUUCCACCCAGGAGAAGGUGACAUUUGAGAUUUAUGACCCCAACUUGGCAUUUCUGCGCUUCGUGGUUUAUGAGGAAGAUAUGUUCAGUGAUCCCAACUUCCUCGCUCAUGCCACCUACCCCAUUAAAGGCAUCAAGUCAGGCUACAGAUCUGUCCCUCUGAAGAAUGGGUACAGUGAGGACAUUGAGCUGGCUUCUCUCCUGGUUUUCUGUGAGAUGCGACCAGUCCUGGAGAGCGAGGAGGAACUUUACUCCUCCUGUCGCCAGCUGCGGAGGCGGCAAGAAGAGCUCAACAACCAACUCUUCCUGUACGACACACACCAGAACUUGCGUAAUGCCAACCGGGAUGCCCUCAUUAAGGAGUUCAAUGUCAAUGAGAACCAGCUCCAGAUGUACCAGGAGAAGUGCAACCGGAGGUUACGAGAGAAACGAGUCAGCAACAGCAAGUUUUACUCAUAGGAGCUGGGACACACAUGCAUGUCUACACGAAGGAGAAUGGGCUAUACCUCAACCCUGGGAAGAUGCGGAUGUGUAGUGGCCUCCUUUCUUCCAAGUCGGCCAUCAAGGUGACAUUCCUGAAGGAGUCCAGCAUGUGUCAGGGUGAUUCCCUCCCAAGUUGGGACAACUCUCUGAGAUGAACACUUACAUUCUCUGUAGAGGCACCCAAAAAUGUGCUGCUCAUUGUUGGCCUCUUGUGCUCCUAACCUCACUGAAUAAAAGCAACCACAAUCUAUCCGUGCAGCUUUCUCUGCAUGAUCUCUGCAGGGAGGAAGGUUUCUUUAUCCUGCUAACAAGGCCCUGCUUCUAAUGCAGGUACUUGGCUUCCACAAAAGAAAUAUCAAGUGUAAAGAAUGAAUUCAUUAGAUUCUGUAAAGGAAGUUAACAAAAGGGCAUAUGAUGCCCCAAUUAAGGCUGUUGAGUUCCAUAAAGCCCCAAGAGGAGUCCUGCCCCAUUAGUGGGCUCAGCUCAGUGCCUAUUAAGUAUCACUGGUCAGCUGCCUGGCUGGACAGACAAUCUGAAGGACUCGGUGCAUUCCACAAGAAACAGUUGGGUGAUGGCAUCUGUCCAUGAAGAUCAGUUCUCAUCAGUGCAGAAGCCUCUUUCCCUUCCAGGGUCACUGGGCAGGAAAUGGGAAUCUUAAAGCGUCUUGGUUUUAGAAACCAUGUUAUACAGUCUAGAGAUAGGCUUUUUCCAAAUCUGCAGGCCGCUGAGAAUGUUUUAUCCAGAGACCAGAGGCCAAUUGCUGGUUCCAACACUCAGAGGACAGUGGGAUUUACUGCACACCUGCUCUGGGCUGCCAGACCUCUGGAGCAGAGAGCUGGGCUCUAGUAGGUUAGGCAUCAGUAUGUUAGAGAAUGUCUCUGAUGCAGCCCUCCUCAGAGGGCCACACCUACCAACUUCAUGGUGAUACACGUGGCUGACUAGGGUGCUAUGCCCAUAUCUUGAGAUAAAAUGCCAUUGUUUAACACGGCUUUUUAGAAUAGGCUAGU